AUGCUAAAAAGAAGAAAGAUACACAUCGCCUGCCUACAAGAGACGAGGUGGAAUGGAACUAAAGCUCGGGAGUUAGGAGAGGGAUACAAGUUAUUCUACAGUGGGUCACCAAAUCAUAGAAACGGGGUCGGUAUCGUUCUAAGCGAAUCGUUCAAGGACAAGGUGGUGGAAGUCAAACGAUGUUCAGACAGGUUAAUGUGGGUGAAGAUUGCAGAUCAACGAGGCCUCCUAACCGUUAUGUGCGCGUAUGCUCCUCAAAUUGGGUGUAUGGAAUCAGAGAAAAAUAUAUUCUUCGAUUCAUUGGAAAAAGAGAUGCAAGGAAUAGGACAGGAAAAAAAGCUAAUUAUUGGGGCGGACUUCAACGCCCACAUAGGAAAAGAUCGUCUCGGGUAUGAACGAAAUCAUGGAGGCUAUGGGCAUGGUCUGAAGAACAAGGAAGGGGAAAAACUUCUCCAAGUAUCCCAAGCAUAUGACAUGGCGAUCGUUAACACUUAUUUUCAAAAGCGUGAAGAUCAUAUUGUGACUUAUAGAAGUGGAAAGCAUUUUAGUCAAAUUGACUAUCUGCUUAUAUGGCGAAAGGAUUUAUGGAGGAUCAAAGAUUGCUAA